CUUACGACACUCAGUGAACACUGGGUGCCUCUGCAUGCUCUAGCAACAUACUGCUCAGCUGAAGGGAAGGGAUUCUUGCUGUCUCUCUCUGCUCUAAGCAUCACCUAACAAGCAAAGCGAACAAAGAAUGGGAAAUAAAGCGACCCUUAGCCGGUCUGUGAAUGAAUGGUAACCUCUCUCUGGAGUAAAGGUUGUGCCGGUCCAUGGUCGUUGCAAAUGAUGGACAUUAAACAGAUUGACAAAUCCUGUGGAGUCGUUAGUAAAGAGUUUGGAGUUUUUUUCACGCCACAGUGUUAACUGCAGAGGAAAGGACAGAGGGAGAAGGAGAAGAUCAAGCUCAUGUACAUAGUUCUGAAACUUGCAGGUCCUAGGAGGCAGCUCAAAAGCUAGCUGGACAAGCCUUUCGCUCGUUGAGCAGAAGCGAAGUGAGACAUUGUGAGCUUGCCAGCCUUGCACAACAUUGAAAGGGACUGAAUUUGUAGCACAGAGGGGUCUUUUUUAGCUCUGCAUAUAAUUAGUCCAAACACAAAGGAAGCAACUGAAUGGAGGUUGUCACUCUCUGGAAAAGGGUGGGUAAGACACUUUUUAAUUAAAUUCUUUCAUGAAGAAAGAUUUUUUUUUUUCCUUUGCUGCAGCAUUUAACAUGAACAAAAUCACUAUCAUUUUACCUUUGAAUGUCUGUGAACUUUAAUGCUGCACAGCUCCUGCAUGCUGUAAAGUGAAAUAUUUGCCUCUGUGUUUGUUCUGUUUGCUGUUUUGCUUUGGUUUUCGGGCUUUGUUUCGUUGGUUUGCCUUUUUAUUUUUUUCCUUCCUUAAAUAAAAUAUGAUGUAGAAUUUGAAAAGACUCAAUGGACAUUCUCAAGCAUAUUUGGAAAUAUUCUUGCUAAUGGAUUUCCUUCUUAUUGGUCUCUGUUUAAACUGGCUGCUGAGGAAGCCCCCGGGGUUGAUAUUGUGUACGCUGGGUAUCUUUUCUAAAAUGCUUCCAGCUGUGAAUAGUGGGUGUCCACAGCUCUGUCGGUGUGAGGGCAGGCUUUUGUACUGUGAAUCACUGAAUCUCACAGAGAUGCCUCGCAACCUGUCGGGCAUGAUGGGCUUGUCUCUGCGGUACAACAGCCUUUCAGAGCUGCAUGAUGGACAGUUCACAGGGUUAAUGCAGCUCACGUGGCUCUAUCUGGAUCACAAUCACAUUUGCUCAGUGGAGGGGAAUGCCUUUCAAAAAUUGCGGCGAGUUAAAGAGCUCACCCUGAGUUCCAACAAAAUAACCCAACUGCCCAACACCACUUUCCGCCCCAUGCCAAACUUGCGCAGUGUGGAUUUAUCGUACAACAACCUUCAGUCCUUGGAGCCUGACCUGUUCCACGGGCUGAGAAAACUGACAACUUUGCACAUGCGGUCGAACGCCAUCAAGUUCGUGCCAGUGAGAAUUUUUCAGGACUGUCGCAGCCUGAAGUUUCUAGACAUAGGAUACAAUCAGUUAAAGAGCCUGGCUCGAAACUCUUUUGCUGGCUUGUUCAAACUCACUGAGCUGCACCUCGAGCACAAUGACUUGGUGAAAGUGAAUUUAGCCCAUUUUCCCAGGCUCAUCUCCCUGCACUCCCUCUGCUUGCGAAGGAAUAAAGUUACCAUCGUAGUAAACACUUUGGACUGGAUAUGGCAACUCGAAAAGAUGGAUCUCUCCGGCAACGAAAUCGAAUACAUCGAACCUCACGUUUUCGAAAGUGUACCUCAUCUCAAAUCCCUGCAGCUGGACUCCAACCGGCUGACCUACAUCGACUCCCGAGUCCUCGACUCCUGGAAGUCCCUCACGAGCAUCAGCCUCUCCGCCAACGCCUGGGAUUGCAGCCGGAACGUCUGCGCCCUGGCCUCCUGGCUGAGCAACUUCCAGGGUCGCUACGACAGCAACCUGCUCUGUGCCACCCCCGAGUACGCCCAGGGAGAGGAUGUUUUGGACGCCGUGUACGCCUUCCACUUGUGCGAGGACGCCGACCCCACGAGCGUCAACACCUUCUCCCCGGUGACCAACAACAGCGAGCAGACGCUGGGCUAUGGCUCGGCCACCGCCACCUACGACGCGCCCGACGGCGACGAGGACCGGACCACGUACGCCGUCACCAUCACCAUGCCCGGCGAGAACUCCGAGAACGCCGUGCAGAUUCACAAGGUGGUGACGGGCACCAUGGCACUGAUUUUUUCCUUCCUCAUCGUGGUUUUGGUGUUGUACGUCUCCUGGAAGUGCUUCCCAGCCGGCUUAAGGCAACUAAGACAGUGCUUUGUCACACAGCGCAGGAAGCAGAAGCAAAAACAGACCAUGCACCAAAUGGCUGCCAUGUCAGCCCAGGAGUAUUACGUUGAUUACAAACCCAACCACAUUGAGGGAGCCCUGGUGAUCAUUAAUGAGUACGGAUCUUGCUCCUGUCACCAGCAGCCAGCGAGGGAAUGCGAGGUGUGAUUUUCCUUUGGGAUUUAAACAGUGUGCAACCAAAUAACAGCGUGCAGGCAGACAGUGGCACGGGGUGGGGGGGGGGGGUUGCUGGGCUUUGCUGGUGAUUUCUGACGUGCACCCCUGCCCAAAUUGUUUAAGAGGGGCUGUCCAAGAGACUUGAUAUUUUAGCUUUAUCGUGUCUUAAAAACCUUCAGGACAGCCAAUCUUAAGGUUUCAUAUGCUAAUAAUCCCUUUGAAGAUCUGUCAAUAUUCAGGAAUCUGAGAGUGUAAAAAAAGGUACCAAUUAUUGAUCUUUUGUAAACUAAGGAAACUGUUUAAAAUAAAAAAAAUAGCAUUUACAGUUUUUA